UCAAACCAUUUCUCCCUUCGUUUCUUCUCCCAACUUUACAAAAUUUCCCCAUUCUCGUCGGAGCUGCUGCGUAAAAUAAUGGCGACCGGUUUGAUUCGGAGGGCGGUUUCGGCUUCCAGAGUGGCGCCGUCUGCUCGCUACGUCGCCGCUCGGCUUCACGCGUCGGAAGUGGAGGCGCAGAAGGUUGAGCCGAAGGCCAGUGGCGAGACGAAUCUGAAGAAGUUUCAAAUCUAUCGUUGGAACCCCGACCAGCCUUCGAAACCUCAACUUAAGGAGUACGAUAUCAAUCUCAAGGACUGUGGUCCCAUGGUCCUGGACGCGCUCAUCAAAAUCAAGAACGAGAUCGAUCCUACGCUCACUUUCCGCCGCUCUUGCCGUGAAGGUAUCUGCGGCUCCUGCGCGAUGAACAUCGACGGUUGUAAUGGCCUCGCGUGUUUGACGAAGAUCUCGUCGGUAGGCGAGUCGACGAUCACGCCGUUACCGCACAUGUUUGUGAUUAAGGAUUUGGUGGUUGAUAUGACCAACUUUUAUAACCAGUAUAAGAGCAUUGAGCCAUGGCUGAAGAGGAAGAAUCCGCCGGAGGUUCCGGGGAAAGAGAUUCUGCAGAGUAAGAAAGAUAGGGCGAAGUUGGAUGGGAUGUAUGAGUGUAUACUGUGCGCUUGCUGUAGCACAUCGUGUCCCAGCUACUGGUGGAACCCUGAGAGUUAUCUCGGCCCGGCUGCUUUGCUCCACGCUAAUAGGUGGAUAAGUGAUAGCCGAGAUGAAUACACUAAAGAACGAUUGGAAGCAAUCAAUGACGAGUUUAAGCUGUACCGCUGCCAUACCAUUUUGAAUUGUGCCCGUGCCUGCCCCAAAGGUUUGAAUCCUGGGAAGCAGAUUAUAAAUAUCAAGUCACUUCAGCACUAAAGGGUGGUGUCUCUGCUUUAAGUGUCAGGUUUUAUGAAAGGUUGCUAUGACCUGCCAACUAAAUUGUUACAGUUAAUAAUUUGCAGAUUGAUGUAUCAUGUAUCCCAUUUUUACUUUGUUGGGAUUAAAUUUGAAGGUGGUUGUCGUUCUUUCUAAAUAAAUGUUUAUAGAACUUCUGAGCGCAUGUUAUCUCGGGAUGUGAUGUGUUUACUUUUUGCCCAUUUUACA